GCGAUCAAGAAGAGGUUAACUUUAUAGAGAGCAAAUCUCCAUUUACAUUCCAGUAGAACAAUAUGAUGUCAGGAUAUAUUUUUGGGGAGACAUGGGGAAAUGAAGAAGAUGUGACAGAGGACAGAAAGGCCUAACUAAGGUACUUCAGAUUUCCAGGUAGUAUUUGCGAAACAUAACAUAAAUGUGGCAGGGUGCAAGGAGAGGUGUGAAUACAAACUCCUGACCUGAUCCCGAGCAGCAAAAUAGAUUUCCAUUUGGCAGACGUGGAGAAAAUUAUUCAGAUUUGUUUACGCAUGGAGUUUUGCAAAAAAUAACAUCCACAAAUAUUUCACCCAUAUGGUCAGUUCAGAAAUAUGAUGUGAAUUGGAGACUCACAUCGGUUACUGAGAUUUGAAUAAAGUUACCUUUCAACUCCCCUAUUGUAGCCAUAAGUCCAGAGACUAUUAUUAAACAGAAUACUGUAGAGAAGCAUAGUGAGUUACUGAAAGAGCUUCUAUAACUGUUACAGGUCACGGUUUUGAAGGUUGACCCUAUAAAAGCUCAAAUUAUGAUGCAGAGGGUCAAUUACUUAGCAGUGGUCAUAACCUCCGGGAGGAAAGAGACAGAUAACCAACAUGUGGAUUUAGUAGCAAAACUACCUCUUCCUACUGAUGUGAGUUUGUUUCUCUGAUUGCAGGGCUAUUGUAGAGACCACAUAGAUGGCUUUGCUGGUAACGCUUGCCCAUUUAUGCAGCUCUUGAAGAAAGGUGUUUCAUGGGAUGGAAACCUGAACACACUACGGCAGUUUCAGUUGGUAAAGCUAGCAUUGCAGAAGCAGCUGCUCUCAGGACCCCAAACCCUCCAAGUCAGUCUCUUUGCACGUGUUUGCCACCAGCAACAUGAUAUCAGCCGUGUGACUCCAGGAAACAGAUGGUCGACUGGAGCCAGUAAGAUAUGCAUCUCAAAUGCCUAUUCCAGUACAUACACAACAUUUAGCAUUAUCCACCAGCACUGUUUUCAUCAGUUAAACAUUUCACUUAUGUUGUUGGUCUUAAUCACAUGCCCUGGCCUAUAAAAAGGAUCAAUCAUCUGACCAACAGGUGAUUCUAUUUCAUUGUUAUAAAAUAAAUCGGAGAAAUGGUCUCACUGAAUAUUGGUACAGAGGUUUCUGUCAAAUUCAUGUUUUCAAUUUUUGGCUGAGGUCAAUAUGGUUUUGAUAUUGUUUGAGCAGAGACAAUAAAGUGCGAGCUUUGGUUAAUUAAGAGUUGAGUAGUGAAUCGUCUACCCUAGUUUAGCUGAUGAAUAGUCAACAGCUAUACAACUAGAUGCAUUGUGCAGUCAGUAUGCGAGGAAGGGCAGGCAGAUGACAGAGAAAAAUUACAGUCAGUGGGAUGAAUUAAAGUGUAUUGGGCAUGGGGCAAAAUAAAACAAAAGAUGAUGAAUACAGGACUGAAGGAGUUAUAUUUCAAUUUACUAAUUGUAGUGAGAAUGUGAAGAGGGUAAGGGGUACGUGUAGAGGGGCUGGGCGAGGGGUAAGUGUAGCAACAUAUGUAGACAGGACAAGAGAGUGGUACGUCAUUGGGGAAGUAAUGAGAGGUAGCUAAAAUAAGUUGCCAGGCCAGACGUGGAGACCACAAGGAAAAGGGAACCUGCGACCACAAGACAAUGUGCUUGGCAAAGUAUUCUGAGUCAUACCUAUUUCAAGUGUUUUGAAGUACAUCAGUAUUAAUUCUAGGUAUUAUGCUUUAACCUUUGCUAAAUCCUGAGUAUUUUGCAUGCUUAGCUGUGCAAUAGCCAAUCAAUUGAUGAAUUCGAAUCGGUAAUCAUAUUUGCGAAUGUAGUACCCUGCUUUUGGGUAUAAGUAUGACCUUUGUAAACCGACAAAUUGGGAGUUGGCUACCUUACGCCCGAAGUGCAAGGGGCUGCGAACUCCUCUCUGAAUAAAAACCAUUUCAGAGGUAAUUUUGUGUCUCUGGUGUUUUUCCUCAACUGAGCAGGUAACAGUUACAGGAUGACAAGUUGGCGAGCCAGGCAGGAGCCUAACGGCUGGCAGUUUCGGGAUCCGGUGUAAGCGGUCGGCGGGCAGGAACGAGCGGGUGGAGAUGGAAGGGCCAUCCGAGAGAUUUUUCUCGGACUCUCUCUACCUUUCUGACUCCCCGUUCCGACCCCUUCGGCUCCGGCUGACCAUCCUACGGCCUCGACGGACCAAAAGGAGAACCUCAGUUGGGAGACACGGAUAACAGGUGAACAAGAGGAUUGACAUUGUCUCCACGGACUGCAGCAAGCUCCUGCAACAUAGAAUAGUCUGGAAGCUCAGUUCAGAUGAAAUCCGGGGUGAGCAAGCCAAUUGGUGAAAAUUUGUCUUCGUGGGAGGAGACAGCAGUUGAUGUUGGAGGAUUGGAGGAUUGAAACAGCACAGAAUUUGUAUCUGGGAAUCUCAAACACAAGGAGUUCACUCAUUCAGCCGGUUUGCAGACACACCUGUGUGUUUAAUAUGGAGAAAGGCCAUUCACCUGCUCUCUGUGUAUGAGGAAUGAACUCAGUUAUCCAGCCUGAUGAAAUAUUAGCCCGUUCACACCAUAAUGAAAGAACUCACCUGUUCUGUCUGCGGGAAGCAAUUAAUUUUGUCAGCCAAGCUGGAAAUACAUCAGAAAAUUCACAACUGUGAGAGUCUAUUCACCUGUCCCACAUCUGGGAAGAGAUUCACUCACUCAGCCAACCUGCUGGCACUCCAGUGAGUUCACAAGGGAGAGUGACCAUUCAACUGCUGUGCAUGUGUGGGAAAAGAUUCACACCAUCACCUGGUCUUGUGACACACAAGCGUUUUCACACUGUGGAAAUGCCAUUUACCUGUUCAGAUUGUGGGAAGGGAUUUCCUGACUCAUACCAACUGAAGAUACAUCAGCGAGUUCACACUGGAGAGAGGCCAUUCACCUGCUCAGAGUGUGGAAAGGGGUUUACACGGCCAUCUGAACUGAAGCUACAUCAGCGAGUUCACACAGGGGAGAGACCAUUCACCUGCUCAGACUGUGGCAAGGCAUUUACUCAGUCAUCCAGCCUGCAGACACACCAACGACUUCACACUGGAGAGAGGCCAUUCACCUGCUCAGACUGUGGAAAGAGAUUCACUUGGUCAUCUGACCUACGAGCACACCAGUCAAUUCACACUGGGGAGAGACCAUUCAUCUGCUCAGACUGUGGUAAAGGAUUCACUCGGUCAUCUCAUCUGAAGCUACAUCAGCGAGUUCACACAGGAGAGAGGCCCUUCACCUGCUCAGACUGUGGGAAAGGAUUCACUCGAUCCUCUGACCUGUUAGCACACCAGUCAGUUCACACUGGGGAGAGAUCGUUCACCUGCACAGACUGUGGGAAGGAAUUCAUUCGGUCAUCUCAACUGAAGAUACAUCAGCGAGUUCACACUGGGGAGAGGCCAUUCACCUGCUCAGACUGUGGUAAGGCAUUCACUCAGCAAUCCAGCCUGCAGAUACAUCAACGAAUUCACACUGGAGAGAGGCCAUUCAUCUGCUCUGAAUGUGGGAAGGGAUUCACUCAGUCAUCCACCCUAGUGGCACACUACCGGGUUCACACUGGGGAGAGACCAUUCACCUGUUCUGAAUGUGGGAAGGGAUUCACUCACUCAUCCAACCUUGUGACACACUAUCGAAUUCAUACUGGGAAGAGACCAUUCACCUGCUCUGAAUGUGGGAAGGAAUUCACUCGAUCAUCCAACCUUGUGACACACUACCGGGUUCACACUGGGGGAAAAGUUUAAAUAAGUUGCAUUCUGGAUAUUUAACCAUUGAGGUUGCUGAAUCCUGAGGCAAGUUCGAAAGUGACUGUUGGUGUCGUACUCUGCAAUUAUUGCUGCAGUUCAUCACACCUUGUUCUGCACCCUGGUCAUUGGGCAUGGGAGGAGUUUCUUCUGCUGAUGUUCACCUUUAGUGGGAUUGGAGUUUAAUAUUCUGGAUCUGUGACUAAUAAAUAAGUUCUACUUUAAGCUCUGUCUCAGCUCCCUGGUGAAACUACAACACCCACUGAGUACAGUAGGGAGUCAACUCAGCCCAGUUGCUCCCUUCCAGACAUUCUGUACCUUGACAGUCCUUUUAAAUCCAUCUCUGCCGCUUCCUGUGGUGAUGGGAUCCAAACAAUCACCACUCUGUGGGAGAAUUUCCCUUGAAUGUCCUGCAUGACUUUUUGCAGAAUGACAAAUAAGAUGAGCUUACUGUAGUUAAGUCUGAUAUGUUCUUCGUUUCUCAUAUUUCUAGGCCGAGGAAUAAUGACAUUGGCAGCUAACCUCUUAUUUCCCUCCUCUUUUCAACAUUAUGGGUCAUGUUCACAGCUUCUCAAGGGCUCUGUCUCACACAGUUGGGUUGUUAGAAAACACCACUGCUCUCCAAAGUCUGAAAGCAGAUUGCGGAAUCAUUAGUUGGGCGUUCAGUUGAGCAGAGUUGGAAACCAGAGGCAGGUCAGCACAGGGCAGAGUUUGGUACUCUGGACAGUAGUAAGAGCACAUAAUGAUGAGCAGGGAAACAGAGCUGGUGGGAGUUGGGGGGGGAGGUGGUGUUGCAUUGAAUGGCAGAGUAGCGAUGCCUGGAAGCUGAUUGUUAAAAAAUUGGGUUGAGUUUUGAAACACUAUGCCUGUUGACAGAGGGUAUAUUGCUUGUGGGAGCUUGCUGUGUUAAAUAGCUUGCUGCGCACUCGUAAAAAUAUUGACAGGUUGAUACACACAGGAGGUACGGCAGGUGCUGGAAAUCUAUGCACAUAAUGUGGUGAAGGAGCUCAGCAGAUCAGGCGGCAUCAAUGGAUGGGAAUAAACAGUCGAUAUUUUGGGCCAACACCUUUCACAAAGUCCUCUUUCAAUGGCACUGUUCUUACCUAGAAAUCAGAGGUUUAGAAUGUACUAUUGCUAUGAAUUGUGUAGGUGCCGAGAGUCUGUUGGAUCCAAUUGUUUAAUUUUUAUUGUCAUUUUCUUUGCGAUUUAACAAGUAAUUAUUUACUUGUAUUUGAAGUAGCCUUUGUAUGCAUAGCAGUUUAAUAUGACUUUAAUGGUUGUACAAAGUAGAAUUCUGGGUGGGGCUUCUUUGCAAUUCAUUAAGUGAGUAAGUGUUUCCUCAUUGGUUAAGUUUUACUGCAGCACUGACAAGUGUGUUCUAAAUGGAUUAUUAUCCAUGGAUUUGAAUGGAAUUUUCCUUAUCUUUGGGUAUAGAAGUAGUUGCUUUUUGCUGGGUGCCAUCUUUUGUUUCUCUCUUUUCUUCAAGAAGUGGACACCUGUCACUGUUCUGUUCUGGUUCUAUGAACUUUUAAUAAAACAAUUGUGAAGCAACAAGUUUCAUGCCUCAUUCCUGACUUCGAAAAGAAGGUUGGGCUUCAUCAAAAUAUCAAAACAUCAAAAUAUGUCAAAUGAUGUAGUUGGCAUGAUUUAGAGCCCAGAGUAAUCAAAACAUUGAACUCAUAGAAGCAGUGGAGCACAGAUUACUACUAAAUUCAGGCAAACUGGUAGAGCAUGAGGAAAAAAAAUAAAUUUGAGUUGCAGGACAACCUGUUAAAAUUUUGAGAUCAUGGUCAAAGUACGUAUGUACAUUCUUAAGACUGAAUUAAAACAGUGGGCAAAGUUGUGAAAAAUUUAAGUUUGAUAAGAUUAUUGAAAUAUACCAUCAAUGAUGAAUCUAAUAAAAUGUGGCUCCUGAUGAUAUUAUCAGGAAAUGACUGCAACUGGUUUAGUGAUAAGACCGUGGUGGUCAGUUGA